AAAAUUAAAAAUGAAAGUUGGAGCAAGUUUAUUCACUUUAUUGUUCCUCUUAGUUGUCAAUCUGUCUCUCUUUACUGAAGUCGAUUCUUUAACUGAACGCCCUUGGUGGAAAAAACCGAUUCGUUCAGUUCCAGACCAAGGCUUCAGAGCUAGACGGUAUGCUAGACGGAAUUCGAUCCUUGCAACGCCAGAAAGAAUGCGUGUUGUAAGAGAACAAGGCUUCAGAGCUAGUCGGCAUGCUACCGGAAUGGACUCAAUCCUUGCACCGAUGGAUAAUGAGGAUACUAGAAGGGGGUAGUAAUCGGUAAAGAAAUGAUAGAAAAUUAAAUUGUAAAUCAGCUUUGCAAUUUUAUUUGAUAAUAUAUAGGCUGAAAUUUUAAAUUUAAAAAUGUAAUUAUUGAUAAAUAUUAUGUAAAUAUG